GGACGUUUCAGAUAGGACCAGCACUCCAUGUGAUUCAGUGAGUUCGUUCAUCAUCAGGCGCUGCAGUUCCCCUCAUACAGCCACUGUGCACGAAGAACCAAGGACGUCCUUUUCUUGCCUGGAAGCUGGAUCUUCCAUUUUAUGACAAUUUCAUUUUCGAAGAUCUGUAAAUAAUCGUAUUUGAAAAAAAAAAGAUUCCAAUCGCCGGACAGAUCUGGCCUUAAAGGACUAUUUCUUCUGUUCUACCUGCAUGUAAUAUCGUGAGGAUAAAAAAGGCAGGAUCUAAAAGCCAUCAUCAUGAAUUUUGUUAUGAAGCAAGCGUUGGGAGGGGCCACCAAAGACAUGGGUAAGAUGCUGGGUGGAGAGGAGAAAGAGGACAAAGACCCAGACGCGGAGAAGAAAGAGGAGGAGAGACAGGAAGCGUUGAAACAACAGGAGGAAGAGAGGAAGGCGAAAUAUGCAAAAAUGGAAGCGGAGAGAGAAAAUGUCAGACAGGGGAUUAGAGACAAGUAUGGCAUCAAGAAGAAGGAGGAGAAAGAGGCGGAGGCCCAGGCUGCCAUGGAGCAGGCAUCGGAGGGAAGCCUCACGCGCGCUAAGAAAGCCGUCCCUGCAGGCUGUGGGGACGAGGAAGAGGAAGAGGAGAGCAUAGUGGACACAGUCAUGAAGUUCCUCCCAGGCUCUCUGGUCGACAUGUUCAACAAGAAGUAGCCAUGUCGAGAUCGUUCACCUCUUACUGUAACGUGAUUCUAACCCUGAGGUCCAACCGUUUUCACCACCGCCUUCUCACCCAUGCCCCCCCCCCUCUCCCCAACUCCAUCCUUCCUUCAAUCACGAUUCUAUGUCUGGAUCUGGGCAGCGUGUCGUAGGAUUUGUCUUUGAGUUGAUCUAUCGGGUCAAUGUAGUUGUUACAUUCUUCACGUCUAGGGUGAGGCACCAUUGUUGAUGUGACAGGUGAAAACAGAAGCUUAUUUUCUGUAACGUCUUCAUCGCCCGAGUGCCUCGACUCAAAGAUAAAUCUUACGCCAGGUUAUCAAAACCUCUCGGUCUUAGUGAUCUGAUGGGAUCUGAUGAAUCAUUAACAACACUUUUUGUUUGUAAAUAGCCUCUGGUAAAAAAAGAAAAGACCACAAAAAAAGCAACGUCUAUGUGAGUACUCUAUACAGUAUAUGACUAAGAGUAUAAGCCAUAUUUUUAACUUUAAAGAAAUUCUCCAAAUCAUAUCAAAAUUUAAUUGAAUUAUAUUAUGUUCGGGAAAAUAUUGAUAUAUAUAUAUAUACACACACAAAUGUAGAUAAAUAUACAUUUUAAUGGUUGUCCAUUAUGGGACUUACAUUCCUGUACUGUAGUGUCAUAGAUUCAAUCGUGAAAUAUGACCACUAGUAAGAGUAUCAACAUUGUUAGCUAGAAAGGAAAUUGAUACUUCAUUCGACACAAGAUGUUUCUCAAGCAUGCAGUUGUUAAUUUUUGUGAAGUACAGGUCAUAAACAAAUAUCCGCCUAUUUGUUACGGUGAAGUGAAAUACAUGUAUAUUUGAGGCAAUAACUCUGGAUUUCAUAAUUUAUUCCAUCAACUCACAACCAUGUACAGUGGGGCUAUACAUGAAUAAGUGUCAUAACUGUUCUUUCAUGAGAUGAUAGAUGUCCUCAACAAACAAACUAAAACGAUCGUCACACAACAAUUGGACAACAUUUCUAACAUCCUGUUUUACUGUAAAGAUUCACAAGCUAUUCCUGUGCUUUUCCAGACCUUUGAAUGGCUGUGUGUCUUGAUCCCUGCUGAAGGAUCAGACCCAGCAGGCCAACUCAAUCGGACGUAGAGGGCUAUGUCUUUUCUCUUCUCAUUUCCAUAUUUGUAAAUAUUUCUUAUUUGAGAUUUUCGAUCUUUCGCAAACACAACUAUGUUGUGAACACGCGUGUGUUAACAGACAGUGACAAUGGUGCAAUAUAUUGUAAAUGAAGUUGUGCUGUGUCCGUUGAUAAACCCAGGGGAAAACAUACCUGGAUCAGCAAGAACAGACAAUCUUCACUGUUAUGUGUUCCAAGCUUAUGUUGUAGUGUGCGACAGUCAAUGUAAAGAUACGGCAUUGUCUAUCUAGUUACAGUGAUGCCUUUGUUAGUCAGAAGUGUUUGAGAAAAACGUUGAUGUGGAAGUGAAGAGGUGGCGAUGGAGUAUUUGUUUAAUGUAUUCGGUCGCACGUUAUAUAUAAAACAAACCAGUGUGUGUCCUUGUAGAAUAGAAAUACGAUGCUAGUUUUAAAUGGGAAAACACAAGACAGAAGCAGUUGUUUGUCGUGUUGUGAUAGAAAAAUGUGCAGCGCAAGACAGGAACCUUUUUUUCUAUCUGCAUUCCAGAAAAACAGAUAGUUAUACUGUGGGGAACUGGGAUUCUUCAUGGAUAUACGUGUGCCUCUUUUCCCAGGGGUUCAAUGCACUUGUGUGCAAUGGAGGUCUUAGUAAAGACAAGCUACAGUGUGAAGAUCCAGUAUCAGGAUCCGCAUGAUAAAAUGCUAGACUCUCUUAACUAUCCCUCAUUAAAAGCGUGUUUUUUGUUCGUUCUUUCAGCCGUGGCUUAUUGGAACAUUCCAAAUAUUUUAGACAUUCCAUUUGACUUUGCUCUGUUUACGACAUCACUGUAGCGAUGAUGCCUUUGUUGCUAGUAGCCGAGGCUGUGGUUUGAUGUUCUACUACUGGGGACACAGUUUAUAAGGGCCUAUUUAGGCUACAGUUGAUACGUGACCAAGUAAAUGUUAAUAGCUAUCUAGCCUGCCAUGUAAAGAAAAGAACCUCGUUAAAUUUAAGGAUGAGCGAAAAGCGUGAGUUUGCUAAAUAGAUUUUUUUAUAUAGGCUACGGAAUUUAUCCAUAGCAAGCGGUAAAAAAAAAAAAAAAAAACUGUUGACAUUGAUG